GCUUCAUUGACAACCAUUUUCAAUGUGUUGAUUUGUGAAUGUUUUCGCCAUGACUUAAAUAUUUACCAAAGAAGUAUGCAUAUAAUAGCUAUUAUCUUAACCAUUCAGUUGAAAUAAAUCAUAUUACGAAAUUGCUGAAAAUCAAUUUUGGGUCACUACACUGACUAGACAAAGAUUCAACUACACUUACAACUGACAAGAUUGAAAACAAAUUCCAGUCUCACUAGUUCGUGAGCAAAAAUACCCAAAUGUUCAUGUAUUUGGAUUAAUGAAAGCAUCUUAUCUUAUCAACAAUGAAUAAUUUUGAAGGGCUUAGAGUUACUUAAUUAUUUAAAGUUACUGCUAGUAAUAGUCUUGGGACUACUAGUACUAGAGCUAAUUUAUUUGUACUUAAAAGUUAUAAGACUUAUCUUAUUGAAGUCCAAGUAUAAUUUCAAAAUUUGGAUUCGUAAAAUAAAUUGUCUUAAUUUUAAUUUUAUUUGAUCCAGAAAAUUUUAACUCUUUUUUAACCUAUCUCAGACUAUCUACCUAAAACUAUUUACUAACUUGACUCUACUUUUUUUCUUUUUUUUUAAAUGGCCGGCUUAUUUGUUGCCAUGACACUUGUCAGUAGACAAAGAUGAUGGUAAUGAAAAAAAAUUAGUGUAAAAACACGUCUAUCAUAAUGAGGAGUGAAAUGGAGAGAAUGAAGAAUGUGUUGUUUUGAACCAUAUUUUUGAAGGAAAAUGGUGAGAAAGGGUUAUUUUGAAAGAAAAACAUAUUAAUAAGGACAUUAUUUAAAAAAAAACUGGCUUUCCAUUACAAAAUGAUAACAUUAAAGAACAUUUUACAAUAAAUUGGGAAAAAAGUUUUAACAAAUUUUUUUUUCAGGAAAAUGAAAGUAAAACAUUUGCAAAAGUUAUGCAAAUUGAAAAUGCAUUUUUAUUUACAAAAACCAACAACUUUAAAUUCAAAAUAUACAACUCUAUCUAACCUAAAUGCUAAAUUAGUAUCCCUAACUCAAGCAUAAAUUGAUCCUAAAUUUAGUCCCCUAAAACUUGAGUAUAAAUAAACCCCUAAAUACAUCCCCCCCCCCCUCUUUCCAUAACUGGAGUUUGCCGUAAAUCUUGGAACCCAAAAUCUAUGACCUAAUGUGAACUCUAAAACCACUUCAUUGUGUGCUACAGAUACACACUGUGCUGAGAAAAUCAUAAAUUGUAAUUAAAAGAUAAUACAAUUUUUAAAAUAUGCAAGAUAAUGAAAACCCAACUUACCAUUUCAUUGAAUACACUUUUUAACACUUUGUUACAAGUUAAUCAUUUGAAUUAAGUCAAAAUCCCAAAUCCAUUUAUCAAAUGAUCAAACUCGGGCCUCAUUUUCAAAUAUUGCUAUUAAUUUAAAAUUGCAUUUUAAUGGUGCAAUAAUAUAAAAAAAAGAUAAUAGUAAACUCUAGUAGCAAUCCAUGACUAAACAAGGGGUGUUCACUCAUGUACAGAUACUCAGGAUGAGUUGUAAAUAGUAAAAAGACCACUUCAACAUUCAAGAAUCAAGGGUACCUAUUUAUUUUCAAAGCUGUUCCUUAACUGCUGAGAAUUAUAAAGAGUAUUCGAAAACUGAUUUUUACUUGCACAUGUUCUCCAUGCAAUCAGGAAAAUGGGAAAUAGAAAGGAUUUUCUUAAAUUAUAUCAUGGUAGAGAAAAUUGAUAAAAUGAGCAUUUUAGUAAGGACGUUUUCUGGCCAGUUGGGAAUAAUUAUAUUUUAAAAUCCCCAAAAAUUGACAAGUAUGUGCUUCAACUAUCAUAGUUGAUUGUUUUUCUAUGGCUCCAUGGUCUUUUAUCAAUUGCAUUUUACUGCAAUGUCAUUAGUUUCCACUUCAGAGGGAGAGGCAUGGGAGAUAAUGUAUGGUGAGUACUAAAGGGAAAGCCAAAACAAAACCAUAGAAAGGUUUCUUAUAGGCCAUUUAGUUUACAAAUAUAAUUUCAGUCAUUAAUUUGUUGUAUUUUGGUGAAAUUUAAAUUCCAUCUCUACAUUGGUCUUUAUCUGGGCUGGAAGGCUUUUAUUCAUAAAAUUUUAUAGUGCCGAGGCAACAUUAUCCUAUGUCUAUGGUACUUAUGGAUGUCUUUGCUGCAUGUUGACAGAGUAAUGACCAGAGUUUCACAGGACUGUUGGGUCUUUAUACCAAAGACUCAAUUUACAGAUACAAGUUGAGUUUUAAAAUGGAGAAUACUCAUGAUAAUGUUAAUUAAAAACUUCCUCUGCAUUUCAAUUUGCUAUUUUUACAGCAGUUUAUUUUAAAUGACUGCUGUGCAAUGAUGAUUGAAAUUAAUUCAUUUUCUUAAUUUAUUUUCUAGCUAACCAAAAAAACAGUCAAGCUUUGGGUUUUAAAAGAUUAGGUAUUUACUGGUAUCCUGAAAAGAAAAUGCUUGUUCCUAUUUUCACAUUGAAACUUAACCACAAAGUUAUACCUCGCACCGUGGCUAUUGGCUGGUAUGAUGGGAAACAUCCAGCACUCACAUGUGCAACUUCGGCAGGCAAAGUACAUUGAACAGAUUAUAAUAUAAAUUUUUUUUUUUUUACAGUCCUAGCCGAAUGAAAAAUAAAUGUUAAUGCAUCAAGAGUGAUUAAAUUUAUAUGAGACAUUGUUCAUUUAAUUAAGAUGAUGUCAACAUUAAAUUAUGUGUAUUAUUCUCUUUUAUGUCUUAAUUAGAAAGAUAUUUUUAAGUAAACUUAUUUUAAAAAGAUUUUUUUUAAAAUAAUUUAAUUUGAAUUAUAUCUUCAAUACUUUCUUUCUUUAUCCAUAAGGUGCUGGUGCAUAGUCCACACACAAAGCAACAAGAUCUUGGAUCUGGUGCAGGCUCAGACUUAAGUCUGCUUAAUAUAAACCAACAGAUAACUUCACUUGCUGUUGGUCGACUUGAUCCAGACGUGGAAGGUGACCUGCUUGUAGUUGGAACCCCCACAAAUGUUCAAGCUUAUGACAUCAACAACAACAGGGAUAUUUUUUAUAAAGAUGUAAAUAACUUAUUUAUUUUGGUUGUAUAGCCCUGUUAGUUCACAAAUAUUCAUAUUUUUGAAAUUCUUCAAAGUUUUUUUGCUCUUGUUGUAACAUAACUAAUUUUAUAGAGACAAUCAAUUUAAAAAAUAUUUUCCUAUGAGAUAUUUUUUACGCUCAUAUUUAAUAAUCCAUAAAAGGAUUAUUGUUAUUAUUGCUAGAUGAUUGAUAAACACAAAGAGCAAGUGUGUCAAUAAAAUCAUAUUUAAAUCUUUUUGACUGAAGACACACAAAAUAAGAUCCAGUCAUGGCAAUAUUGGAUAUUGUUGUGAUAGAGAUUUACCCAGAGAAUUCCACAAGAACAUAAAUGGAAUUAAAACUAACUUUAAGUAGCAAUCAUAUUAAAAAUAGUUGUGACAAAUUAAAAAUGUGUUUAAGAUUGAAUUAAACAAUGAUGUGAUCUCCUUAUGUUUUUAAAUUCAUGUUUAGUGCCCAGAUGGUGCUAACGCCAUCAGUGUUGGAAUGCUGGGAAACGUUUCGUCUCCCCUUGCAAUAGUCGGUGGGAAUUGCUCCAUCCAAGGGUAUAACAAACAAGGAGAUGACAACUUCUGGACGGUCAGUUUGAUGACAAAUCAUUGUCUUAAUACAAUCACAUUCAUUAUAUGCAGACCUCACUAUUGUUUUUGUUGUAUAUUAUAUAUAUAAGAAAUCGUAUAAUAUACAAGUCCCAGUUUAAUUAUUGCUGUAUCUUUAAAAGUUUUAAAGUACACUUGUUCAUGCAAUUUCAUUUAAACAUUAAUCCAAUACUUGACACCUCUUCUCGUAGCAUAUUAUGUUCUGUGAAGAAUGUCUUUUUUUCAAAUAUGUGAGGUGAAAAAGGGGGGGGGGGGUGAAAAGUUUUAUAAGAGUCAUGUUCUGUUAGAUUGUUUAACUAUUUAUGCUGCCAGGUUACGGGAGAUAACGUCCAAUCUCUGUGCUUGAUGGAUUUUGAUGGUGAUGGAAAAAAUGAGGUAAGUGAUUUCUUGGUUUUGUUGAUUCCCCUCCAUGCCCAAGUCUUCAACGAAUGAACAGUGAUAAUUAGAGUUUUUAUGGCUUAACCCUACUUAUAAUAAUCUUAACCUUUCACCUCUUCAAUGAAUCACUAAAGCUAGCCAUGGGCUUGGCUUGCAGAAAGUGAAACCAUACGUUCAAAACUUACUUUAACUCCCAUUGAAAUAUCUUGAUCAGAAAAAUUACUUUUUGUUCCACUAACUUACUUCUAGCUCAUAGUUGGGUCAGAGGAUUUUGACAUCCGAGUGUUUAGAGAGGAUGAAAUUAUUGCAGAGAUGACAGAAACAGAGGUAAAUUAUAUUAGUUACAAUUUUUUUUAAAAACACUGAGAAUCCCUUUACAUUAAAAACAUAAAUGAAAUGGACGCAAUGAGAGCUAAAAGCAUUUUACUAAUGAACUUUUAGUAUAAAAGUCACAAUGGUUGAGAAAAAUUUUUUGUAAUGCUGUUGUUUUUUUAAAAAUAAUAAAAAAGAUGUCUUUAAAAUGGUUGAUUGAAAAAUUAUAUUAAACUGCUAUUAGAUUAAGUUCAAAGAAUAUUUCCAUUAAUUAAAAGGCUACAGGCCUACCUUAUAAUAAAUACCAGGAUAAUAUGAAUAUCAUGAUACCUAAUUUAAACCAUUUAGGAUUAUGGUAAAUUGUUUUGGACUGGAUUUUGUUAGGUCAUUACCAGUCUCUGUCACUUGAUGGACACCCGUUUCGGCUAUGCUCUGUCUAAUGGAACAGUCGGUGUCUAUGAAGCAGUCGCUCGGUGUUGGAGAAUAAAAGUAAGUGAUCAUUUAAUGAUGGUGUGGUUGUUGUUUUCAUAAGAUGAUUUUCAUUUAUUUGGCUGGCACGUUGUUUAAAAUAGUCAGUCUCUGAUGUUUCAUGAGUAAUCAACACAUUUUUUUACUCUCAAUCCAACAGUCUAAAAACAAACCAGUAGCCAUCCACGGAUUUGAUCUGAAUGGAGACGGAGUCAAGGAACUUAUCACUGGUUGGAGUAAUGGCAAGGUACAUUGAGUCAAAUGAAAAUAAGAUAUACAGUGUAAUAGAAACAUUUUAUUUUAGUCAUAGAAAUGAUUGUCCUAAAAAAAUAUAUUUUUUUUAAAGAUUGAUGCAAGAAAUGACAGAACAGGCGAGGUUAUUUUUAAAGAAAACUUUAACCAUUGUAUAGCUGGAGUGGUACAGGUAAGGUGGUGCUAUAGCUAUGUGUUUUAUCUCCAACUUUGUAUUUAUGAACAAUAUUUGUCAAUACUCUUCUAGAGAUAACAUUCAAUAUAGGUCAAAAUGAUAUUUGACAUAUCAUUUGUUAAAAAAAAAAAAAAGAGAAAUAUUGCUUUUUUUUUAGAUAAAAGUUUACUUAGGGAAAAAAAAAUUGUAUCUUAGCAUUAUGUGUUUUUUCUCCAACUUUGUAUUUAUGAACAAUAUUUGUUAAUACUCUUCUAGAGAUAACAUUCAAUAUAGGUCAAAAUGAUAUUUGACAUAUCAUUUGUUAAAAAAAAAAAAAAAGAGAAAUAUUGCUUUUUUUUUAGAUAAAAGUUUACUUAGGGAAAAAAAAAUUGUAUCUUAGCAUUUGCUUUAUUAUUUAAAAUGUUAGCAUCCAUAUUCAUUCAAUCAAAUGAAAAAAGAGGCAACUUUUAAAAACAACCUUUAACAUGUAAUGUAUUCAAAAGUAAAUUUUAUAUGCAAAUAAAUCCAAUGUUGUAAUUUGACUUAAAGACUGUAACUGUGAUCUAUCAUGUUUUAAUUUGUCUAGUGAAUGUAAGUUUAAGUAAUUUGUCUAAUGAAUGUAACAGUUAUCUGUCAUGUAGUAAUUUGUGUAGUGAAUGUAACAGUUAUCUAUCAUGUUGUAAUUUGUCUAAUGAAUGUAACAGUUAUAUGUUAUGUUGUAAUUUGUCUAAUGAAUGUAACAAUGAUCUAUCAAGUUGUAAUUUAUCUAAUGAAAAGAACAGUGAUCUGUCAUAUUGUAAUUUGUCCAGGCUGACUACCGCAUGGACUCAAAUGCUAAAGUGGACCAGCUGAUGUGUGUCUCAACAGAAGGAGAAGGUGCUAAACAGUUUCUGUAUUCCUUGCUUAGACAUUCUUAAUUUAUAGAUAAGAUAUAUAGAUAAGAUAUAUAGAUAAGAUAUAUAGAUAAGAUAUAGACUUUUUAAAGGAGUUUUGAUGGCUCAGUAUUUUGUACUCUUGUUUCCCAAAGUUAGUUACCUGUUCAUACAAUAACAAAUAAUUAUUUGCAAAUAAAUGCAUUUAAAUUAUAUUCACAAAUCUCAAAUUGAUUAAAUUUGGAUUAAAUUUGGUAGAGAUCUAAUUAGUGAUUAGGUGGUCAAGGUUGAUUUUGACAGACAGACUAUGUCUAGAUAAAACAAAUACUGCUGAAGGUGUACAUUUGUUGAAAGCAAACCUUUAGUGGGGAGAAUUCUCAAUGUGACAUGAUCAGUUAGUUAAAUGUAAGCAAUGUAUACAUUAUGAUAAUGCCAAAAAGCAUUCACUUGUUGUUUUAUAAUAGAAUAGUUUAAGGUGGUACAGCAGCAAAAUCACCCUCACUUGUUAUAAUUUUAAAUGUCAGAAGAUAUCAUGUCUACUUUUGAUCUCAUCAAUAUUUUCUUAAUUAUUUAUACUACAUUAUUUUCUGUAUGAUAAAUCUGUCAGUGAGAGGAUACAGUCCUGCAACCGGGGGCGUAGGUUCAAAUCUGAUGGAUUCCAAUGUUGAACAAGAUACCAUUAGAGAACUAAGUCAACGAAAGCAGGUGAGGGAAUAUAUAAGUAAACGGGGGUACUCACAUAGUCUUGUUAAAAGCUUUCACUUACAAGCUUUUGUUCCAAGCUUUCACUUACAAAGCAAAAAAACAGCUUCUUUUCUCAAUAGCUUAAUGGUGAAUUGUAAUUUUGAUUGAUAAUAAUCUAAUAUAAGCUGCUUCAAUAGAUUUCUAAACUGAUAUUUAUCAAUACAAACAACAAGGUAAACAUCUAAUUUUAAAGUUGCCGGCCCAACAAUUUGGAACGCCCUUCCAGUAGCUCUCAGAAACAGCCAGACACUGGAGUCCUUUAAAACCAAUUUAAAAACACAUCUGUUUCGCAAACACUUUCUGGGGUGAUGCUAUCUACCAUCUUUUUCAGUUAAUGUAUAUUGGCCUGUGUUGCUUAUAGUUGAAAUGGGAUGAAAGACUUUGACUUGGUAUGCUCGAAUGUAGUUUGAUAUUGUUGAGUCUGUUUUUAAAAUGUGGUAAAUUUUAGAUUGUUUUUAUUUCUCUUUAUAAUGUGGUUGACUUUGUACCGCGCUUCGAGCUUUUGGGGAUGAAGCUUGUUCUUCAAAUAAACUUUAUUAUUAUUUUUAUUAUUAUUAUUUUGAAAACGUAACGGUGAGUGGCUAAGACAUUGACUUUGCAACAGUUGUGCUUAAAGGAGUGAUUAGGACCAGUAACAGUCAUUGGUCAGCAAGUUUUGGUGCUCAAUUCAAGAAUGACAAAAAAUAACAGUGGUCAAAUAAUUUAGCACUGACCCCUUUGUGCAGUAUGUUUAAUACCAGUUGGAUGUUUGUGCCCACAGAAUCUGAUGCUGGAGCUGAAAAACUAUGCAGAGAAUUCCAGGAUAGCUUUGUCAGGAGAGGCAGCAGGGUUGGCGGCAGCCCUGGCAGGGGAUGGUAAUAGGGCAGGUGCUACGGCAGGAAAGUUUCCAGGCAUCAGAGGAUUACAGGUGAGCUGGCAGGGGAUUGUAAUAGGGCAGGUGCUACAGCAGGAAAGUUUCCAGGCAUCAGAGGAUUACAGGUGAGCUGGCAGGGGAUGGUAAUAGGGCAGGUGCUACGGCAGGAAAGUUUCCAGGCAUCAGAAGAUUACAGGUGAGUCAGGAAUAUCAUUUGCUGAAUGGGGCGCCUCCGUUGUUGACACCUAUAUGAUAUCCCAUUCUGUAAAAAUGUUUUUAUAAACAAAAUUAUUUUUUUAAUGAAAUGAAAUGAUACAUUCAGACAAAUAACAGUUAUUAAACCCAUAUUUUAAAAAAAUUCUAAAAUAGAAGAUUAUAAGGAUUCAAACAUUACGUUCUUAAAUGUUUUAUCAUCUUCUCAUAGUAUUGAUUUUUAAAGAUUUGAAAAUAAAAUAUUUUGUAAAAUUGAUUAAACCUUUCAAGUGUCAGUAAAAGUACUGCCAUGCUCACUUUGAAUUUGACACAAGUUAUGUACAUAAGAAAGAGAUGACAGUAUGCAAUCUAAACAAUUGAACCAGGUACUCUUGGAGAAUCCAUUUAAAUUGAACUAUUGUAGUGACGAGAGUUACAUUCCAUCAACUCCCAAGCUUUAUAUUUGUUGAUGUCCCAAAAGAAAAUAAUAGUCUCUAAUUGACCACAAACGUUCAGUACUAGAAAGGAAAAUAAAGUACACUUCUUCUACAUAGCUAAAUGAUAGAUAUAUAAUAAAAUAUGGUCUAGUUCCACCCAGAGAAUUAACAAGUGGUCUAAUGUUAUGUACAUAAUCUUCGUGUGAAAUAGCCAGAACUAACUGUUGUACUUUGUAAGCUCAUGAGUGUUUCAUUUGCUUCUAUAACAAAAUAUGGCAUCAAAAUAAAACAAAUGUCUCUGUUAAGCCAAAAAUAUUAGAUGAAAUAUACAUCUUUAAAAGUAGUUCAAGGGUCAUGAAAUCACCCUUAAGAGAAUUUAUUUUUGAGUACAGGAGUUUUAUCUAAAAAAAUAUAGAAUUACACAAAAAUAAUAAUUGGUUUAAAAUCAUAUUUCUAAAAUCAAUAAUUGAUUUGGCAACAAAAAAAAGCACCAUAUAAACCAUAUGUCAUACUGACCUACUUUAAUCAUGUUAUUGUUUAUACCAUUAACAAUAACAUGAUUAAAGUAGGUCAGUAUGACAUUUAUAAUGUGAGGUCUAGUCCCAAAUUGAAUAUCACCUUUGUUUAACAGCCCGGAGCCUCUGGUGGAUUCGAUACAACUGGAGGAGGUGGGGAUGGUCAUUCAUUGGGUGGACAAGGAGGCACUAUGGGGGGCUUCGGUGGCAAUAGUAGCCACAUUGCCCCCAUAGGCCCUGGAGCUCAGAUUGCUUUGGCUGGGCUCAGUAGUAUGCCAGGUCAUUCCCUGUAUCCAGGUGGUCAGUCUCUGGCUGGACAGAUGCAGAGUUUUAAGCUAGGAGUUGGUGGGAUUGGAGAGACUGCCAGGAGUCCAAUGGGUAUGAUACCAGUAAGUAUGAGUCCAAUGGGUAUGAUGGGGUUGUUAGUGCUAACAAAAGAAUGAAUGUUAUUUACUGUGUUACAGGUAGUUCCUUCAUUGCAAACCCGAACAAUUAUUUUGGCACGAGUAGCCUUGCUUUUCAUGAAAACUUUCUCAGAAUCUAUGAACAAAAUUACUGUAAUGUAUUUGUCUUUACUCUUAAUGUAAUGUGUCUUAAUUUCUUGCAUUUUAAGAGUGUAUUAACAUUUAAAGCUAUAAUCAUCUUACUUAGUUAUAUUUGACCCUUGCCAGGCAAACACUCAGCUACAGACAACUUUAACUGUCAAUCCAGGAGACCAGUCAAGACCGGUUAGUCAUUUUAACUUACUUAGAAUUUGCGUUUUCUUACUGCAUAGUAAAUUGUUUUCCAACAUUCUCUAUUCUCUGGACCCUUUUAAAUUGUUUGAUGAAAAAAUUUUGAACAUUGAAAUAUUUGAACCAGAUAUAAGAAGCAGAGAAAUUUUAAUUGUUAAAAUUUAUUUCUCAUAUGAGAAAUUCACAAAAUUCAUUCAUUUUAAAAAUUCAAACAUUUUUUUCCCCCACAUUUCCAUCAACCUCUUCUAGCCUCAUGUGGAACUCAACAUUAGCACAACCAAUGGUAAGUUUAAGUUAGUUUCAGCCUCAAUUACCUUUAGCCUCAAUAGUUUUAUUUCAUCAAGCUGAACAUUUAUUUCAUUCUUUUAUUAUAAAAAGUUAUUUGAAUAUAAUAUCCCAUGAAGCUUUCUUUCUCUUCUUUUAAACUUACAUGAUAAAAUGAGUGAGAUGGCAGUCAGGUUAGGAGAUGGAAAUAUGUGAAACAAAGUAGGGGAAAACCUGAAAAAGGAACUAAAAUGGGACCCAGUUGUGUGUGUAUGUUAUUAGACAUUAAAAAAACACAUGGUGAACAGAGGCUACCCAGGACGCCUCCCUGAAUUUCACAAAAGAUACAUCGAUGGGGUCAUUGGGGUCAUUACUUUGGAGAGGGGUGAACGUGACUAAUUCUUUUUGCCCCUCCGUUAAAUUCACGACUCAUGUCUCUCAGGUAUCAGUUAACUUUUCAGACCUAAAUUUCACCUUACACAAAUCAGCCUACUCACGUUCCCCUAUUUUAAGCCUACAAGACAGCCACAGCGAUUUACUUUUCUUUUCUUCCCACCCUAUAUCCUGUAAGGACUCAUUGCCAUUUUCUUAGCUACUUUGUGUUCAUCAACUUUGCUAGUCUGAUGACUUUUGGGACAAAACACGUGGGGUAAUUGACUUUCAUCAGCUCUACAAUGGGUUAAUCACUUGUGCUGAUGCCUUCAAUGUCUCGUCUGACUGACAGUGGCUGACGGGACCAAAUUUAUUCUUACCGUCAUCUUCUUUGCCUUUUCAACUUCCAGAUGAGGAAAGGCCAUUAAGAAUUUCUCUCCAAGCCUUCCAGUCACUAGCUAUCCUCUCUAACUCUUCACAACCUAUUAAUGUCCCAUCUAAAGCUCCGACAAUUUUUACAAAUCAUCCCCAUAAUCUCUUAGCCAAACAGGUUUUCUUCAAAAACUGUGCCAUUCUCAUUGUCGUACCUGACAUCCACACUAUUUUCACAACCUGUCUAUUCAUUAAGUCUAGACAAAACAAGAUGUCCUUGUUUGCAGCCACCUCGUUACUAGGGUUUCUUUGAGCUAUAUCUCCGGGGGGGGGCAGUGAAAGCAAGGUGCCCCCUGGAGCAAAAUUAUGUCCAACAAUAAAUCAACUGGAACUGCUGGCACUGCCCCCCCCCCCCCCCCNUGGCACUGCCCCCCCCCCCCGAAAAAUCUGAAGUGCCCCUCCGGGGGAAAAUUUCUGAAAGAAACACUGCUCGUUACUACCCUCUCCCACUUUGGGACCAAGCCUUGUGGACAUAGCAGCCAUUGCAAGACUAACUUUUUGUCAUCCAGACUGAACACAUUCCAUUCCAUAAAGUAGUUUUCAGAUAUGGGAUGAUUGCCUUUGAAAUGAUAUCUGCAUCCUUGUUUCUACCAGCUGCCAUAUGAUGCAUCUUUUGGAAAGACGUACCGAGCACCUUCACAAUAUCGCGCAGGUUAAACAAUGUCCUAUCUCAAAUUAAUUCAAUAGAAGUGACCACAAGGGCUCCAGUGGCUUGUCCAGUACCACCACUGUUUAUUAUACCAACACGUCUGACAGGGAGAACUAGAGAAUAACCUGAUCCACAUAUAUGGGACCUUGACACCAUGUGGCGUGCAUUUCAUGUUCUCCUUCACUUUUUAGUUCUUUUUAUCCAACCCCCUCCUUUUUAUAACCAAUCCCUGUGUUAUUCCUUUUUCUCUCUUCCGUCCCUCUUUGCCUAUAUUAAAUCUCUAACUUACUAAGGGUCUACUACAUUCCUCUUGCUGUCCUCUCGGACACAACAUUUCAGCUGUUUUUAUUUUUUAUUUUUGUUAUUCUUUGUUUCUACUGUUCGCUGAAGAAGGCUUUUUGCUGACACGUUCGUCGUUGUUUUUGUUUUUUUUUGGUGCUUCCUUUUUCAGGUUUUCCUCGUACCUUCUUUUUAAACAUGUUACAUGUAAAAUUACAGAUGUGCGGUAGUCUUUGAUUAAGUUGUUUUUCUAGAUUUUUUCAGAAUGUUUGCCUCAUGAUUUGAUUAUUUAUAGCAUCAACAUUUUUACAACAGGCACUUCGAAGUUUGGACAAUUUAAAAGAGAGUUCUACACAAUUUAAUGCACAUGUUAAUUCUUACAGAGUUUAAAAUAAGUACAUUACUAUACAUCUAUUUAUAGAACAUGCUCUGGCUGUCACCCUUAACUAAACUAAUGUUCAUAUUUUGUUCCCUAGAGACAAUUAUCAGAACUGUUCUUAUAUUUGCCGAGGGUAUCUUUGAAGGGGAAUGUCAUGUUGUGUGAGUAUUAUGUCAUUUUGCGUGAGCAUUAUAUGUCAUGUUGUGUGAGUAUUAUAUGUCAUAUUGUGUGAGUAUUAUAUGUCAUGUUGUGUGAGUAUUAUAUGUCAUGUUGUGUAUUAUAUGUCAUGUUGUGUAUUAUAUGUCAUGUUGCGUGAGUAUUGUAAGACCAUCAAAUAUGAAGUAUUAAUUCAGAAACAAAAUUUUUUAUAACAGUUAUCCCCCAUGCCUUACAGAUACAGUAAAAUGAUACAAACUAUCUGAUCUGUUUUAUUUCUAUGCCCAUGAAGCCAUCCCAAUGCUGCCUCAGUAAGCAACACUGUAAGAGUCCCAAUUAUUCCUCCCAAAGAUGUACCUGUUGACCUCCAUAUUAAAGCUUUGAUUGGCCAAAGGAACAGGUCAGUUUCAAGUAGCCGUGAUGUAACAUGUUUUAGUUGUUUGAAACACAAACAACUGUCUAAAUAAAAACAGUAUGUGAAAGCUUUAUUAAUAUGUCAAAAUACAUAUUUAAAAUUUCAUCCAAUGAUUUCUUUAUGACAUAUAUAUAUAUAUACACAUUUAAACAUGGGCCUUCUUCAGUACAACAUACAUAGGCCUACACAUUUAAACACCUGCCUUCUUCAGUAAAAAAUAUACUGGUUUGAUUACACAAAUUGUCUGUCUCAUUAAUCUGCAUUAAGAAUUUCUCGCCAUCCAACCCCCUUAUGAUUAGUUAACUUUAUUUUUUUUCAAUUUUUUAGUGUGACAUAAUUAUUAAAUUAAAAUAACUUUCCUUUGUAAUCUGUCAGAAUUUACAAGUGUGUCCUCCGCUGUUCUAUUUAAUUAUAGAAAAAACUCAAAGUCUAUAUUGUCAUUAAGAAAAUUAUGUUUUAUGAUAUAUGAUUAUGAGAAAAUACUUGUCUUAAUUUUAAAUUGAUUAAGUUUAAAAAUUAUAAAUUAUCAUAACCAGAAUGUGAAUGUACAAACUGAAUAUGAAAUAUGUUACCAAAACUUAUUUCCAUUUAUUUGGAACUAUAAAAGAAUCUUAUCUUUAAAAAAAAAAGGUUGCAAUUAGCUAAGUUUUUUUUAUAUUAAAACAUAAAAUAAAGUAAAAUGAAUUAAGGUAAAUAAAUAAAUUUAGUUAAAAAUAUCAACAGUAAGCUCUUUAAGCCCAAACAAUUUGGAACUUAUCACAAGCUUUUAUCGACUGACUUUCACAGCAACCAGUUCCAUGUGUUUGAGCUCACACGAGAGCUACCCAGAUUUUCAAUGUUUGUCCUGGCAAGCAAUGAUCACCCGGACCCUCGGAGCUCUGUUCAUUUCACACUUAGUGAGCGGCCACAGAGAGUGAGUCUCACACUAUAAUCUAUAAACAGCCAAUUUACAAAUAUUCAUUUCCUUCCAAGCAUGUCAACUACUUUUUAAAAAAAUUGUGGGUCAUUAGUUUUAAAGUUUUAUAAUUCUGAAAAAAAAGUAAUUUAAAAAUAUAUUUUGGUAAAUUUUAUAAAUACUUAUUACCAAAUUUAAUGAGAAGUAGUAAAAAAAAAAUUUUUUGUUCUUUUCAUUUUGAAAAAAUAAAGAAAUUUUUUAAUCAUAAAUAUUGUUAUUAGUUUACUAAUAGACCACAGGAAUAUUACACAAAAGUUGAGUGUGUAAACUUUAAGAAUUUGGGCUAUAUGAAACAAAGUAUUAUUAGUUUCCUACUAGACCACAGGACUAUUACACAAAAGUUGAGUGUUUUAACAUUAAAACUUUAGUGAUUGUCUAUUUCUUCUCUUGUCUUUCUAUUGGUAGGUGCUGAUGUGUCUAUCUCUUGUCUUUCUAUUGGUAGGUGCUGAUGUGUCUAUCUCUUGUCUUUCUAUUGGUAGGUGCUGAUGUGGCUGAAUCAAAACUUUUUACUGACAGAAGACCUAGUUUGUGAAGGAGACCUUCAUUUCACCUUCAUGGCUCUGCGUGGGUCAGGUCUGUUACGUAUACGUCUGUCACACAUAGGGCAGGCUGCCAUACACACUGACGACAUGGACCUGGCUGGGGACAUCAUACAGUCACUGGCUCAGUUCCUAAACAUUGAGGACCUGCAGACAACUGCUGACUUCCCAGUGGAGAUUGAAAGUUUAAAGCAGAUUUUAUUUAAGGUUCCUGUUUAAUUUAGAUUUUAAAAAUGUAUAACAUUAUGAAUUAACAUGCUUAAAGCACAACACAUGCUGGUUAAACGAGUAAGAAAGUGUUAAGCCAAGCCCAACCAAUGUUUGUGAAACAAUUAAGAAAGUGUUAAGCCCUGCAAUGUAAUAUUUAUAUCAUCUUAUUUUAUUUUUGAAAUCACAGACAUUAAACAUUGUGUCCAGGCAAUGGCCAGGCUCAUUUCAAAUUCUACUUUCUUAAAAUUUAAAGCUACAAAUAUUAUAUGCAAUAUGUUGGUGUUUUUUUGCACAGAAUAAUGUGAGUACACAUCAGAAACUUAGUGUUGGUGAGAUUGGAUUAACCCUCGAACCGUGGCAUGCAUCAUUCUGUAGUGUGGUAGCUUUUCAGAGCUUUUGGAGUGCCUUUUGAAAUUGCAUUAAAUGACAUGGAAAUAUUGAUACAAGACCCCAAUAAGUUAUAUUUUUAGAAAGGUCAAUGGAUGCGGAGAAAGUUGACUCUGAUGCCCACCCCGUAAAAAAAUGUUGCCUAGUGUCCUUGACCUUGGAGUACUCAAGAAAAAAAUCAACAAAAAGUCUUGCUUUCAAGUGCCCAUAACAUCAUUAAUUUUUAUAGAUACACUUAAAACACAAUCUAAAUAAUGUAGCAAAUUCAUUUAUCUUUCAGAAAAUGUAUAGUUUGCUAAGGUUUAGAUUACAAUUAGACCUCUGAAAGCAAUUUUAGUAAUUUUAGGUAAUUUAUGAAAGAAACUGGGACCACAGCUAAAACCAAGUACAAAAUACAAAAUCUCAGGCAAAAUAGUUAUUAUUGACUAGUAUACAUUUAAAAAAGAACUGUGGAACUGAUUUGGGUUGUUUAACUAUAAAAUUUAUUAGUUAUGAUCUAUAAUCUGUAGCUUCUGUGACUAAAAUUCAGUCAGUCCUUGCCCAACCUCCAGGCCUGGCUAAAAGUCUAACAGUAGCCUCAGUAGGCCUACUUCAGUAUCACUAAGGCUAGUAUAAGAUUCUUGUGAAGUAUAAUCUCAAUUGAUAUUAUCAUGGGGAAUGUUAAAAUCAUCAUCAGUAUCAGUAAAAUCCUCUCCUAAAAGCUUUAAAAAAUAUUUAUAUUAGUUCUUGCACUGAAGGCCCAGCCAUAGCUCAACCAUUUCAGCUUUAAAAAAACAGCGAAAUAAAACUCCGAAUAAAAAGUAGUUAUUUUUAAGCUAUCAAGAAAUAACUUCACCUGGAAGAUGAUUUAAUUAUUAAUAAAAGUAAGUGGCUAUAAUUCCGGUUAAACAUUGGAUUCGAAUUUGGUAUCGGACCGUGUUUUUAAUCUGACGAUUUUUUUGGCCGCCACAGAACGAGAAUAUCUGUAGAUUUCAUUGGCCGACCACAGUUUCAGGAUUUAAAAUCUAUUCUGUAAAGCAUUUGCUGAUGUCCAUUAAAAUCAGUCCAUAAAUAUUUUAUGUUCUUUUUUUUUAUAUUCUCAUACUUUUGCUUGAAUGAAAUUCUCUUUACCACCAUGUUAUUUCAUGAAAAAUGCAAUACUGAAAUUCUUGGACUUAUUCCUACAGGUCGAUGAAUUCCAUAAAGUCAGAAAUAAGCUAACGGCAGAAAUGGCUGACCACUCAAAUUUGAUACGCAGUAUGGUGGUCAGAGCAGAAGAUGCUCGAAUAAUGGGUGAUAUGUACGUGAUUUUUUUAGAGUCUCCGUUGCUUAAAAAUCUUUUAGCAAAUAGAUAAAAUAUUAGAAAUUGUUGUUCUUUAAUCAUAUUUUUAAUCAAUAGCGAAAUUACUAUCUUAGACUCUUCUUUUCAAAAGUUGUGUUUGUUAGCAAUAAGUUACUUUUCACAGUUUCAUUAAAUUAAAACAAUAGGUGAUCUGCCCCUUGGACUAAGGAAAUGAAAAUAUUUUAAAAUGUUUUUCAUUUGUUGUAAUUAAGUGCCGUGGUAAGUUUGUCAGCAAGACUGUCAGCAGCUUUAUUGGCAAGUCUUUUAGCAAGUGUGUCACCAGGUCUGUCAGCAGUUAGAUUAGAUGGGUAUGUGAACCUGAUAGUUUCUAACCUUAAGCGUUGUUUACACUCAGGAAAAGCAUGAGGAAAGGUUACAUGGAAUUGAGUGACUUAAACCGCGACCUCAUUUCUGGCUACAACAUCCGCUGCAACAACCACCAGGAACUGGUAAAGUGUCUCAAACAAGUCAACCAGAUCAUACAAAAGGCUGGACGUGUCAGGGGUAAAAAUAUUUCACUUGGAAGCCUAAAUUUAUGCCACUCAGCCUCCAUGGAUUAGAAAACAAAUUUGUAUCAAACUUUUUUUUUUAUUUCUCUUGGUUGUUUCUUUAACAUGGGUUCAAGUUUAAAUCUAUCACAUUUUUGAUGUGUGCUUCACUAUAGUGUUUAUGUGUUGGAAGAGAAAUUUGUAAAUAAAAAGUCUAGGCAUUAAUGUUGAUUGCUAAUGAGAGCAAAUUAAGAGAUGCCAAAAAGUAUGAACAUGUUAUGAUGAUAUAUUGAUUAUGUAGUUUUUAAUAUAAAAAAUGUCAAGAAUAAUGAUAUACAUGUAUAUGAAGAUGGGGAUAUGAAUUUAUUAAAAAUGAAAUCAAGAAUAAUGAUGUUCAUGUAUAAAUUGUAAAUGUUGAAAUCAUUUUGGUUGAAAUGAAACUGAGUUAAUAAGUGUUGUUCUGAUACAGGUAAUGCCUUCUUAUUUCACUUUGGUCCCUUUUGAAUUAUCAAUUAUUUUAGUUUGGUCCCUUUUGAAUUAUCAAUUAUUUUAGUUUCAUUUUCUUCUCCCCAGUUGGCAAGUUCAAGGGUCAAGUGAUCUCAUCAUGCAGGGCAGCCAUCAAGAGUAACAACACAUCUUCUUUGUUUAAAAUAAUAAACACCGGAAUGCCCUGAGCGACACACCCUUGUCAGUAGCUCAACAACAUCACCAGGGUUACCAAGGCUGCUGCACUCAUUCUGUCAUCGUGUUGUGAUUCCAGAAACUCUUUGUGCAGCCAUGAUGUCAGGUUCAACAUGGCCAAGUGGUACUUGUCUUGUAAGUGUGCACCCAUGAUGUCAGGUUCAACAUGGCCAAGUGAUGUUGGCCAAGUCUUGUGAGUAAGAAGGAAAGAAAUUCAAAAACUUGUUAGAAAAUGUCUGCUUGUUUGUUUUGCCUCCCUCCAUGGCCAUUUCAUAUUUUCAUUUUUCUGAUGACUGCAAGUGUUUGCGAACGGUAGUAAUGUGACAAAUGAUGGGUCGCCUUGUUGAACAUGACUUUAUUGUAAUGUAUCAGAUGUGUUCUCCUGGUCUUAUGGUCUUAUAAAUAUGUCAUAUCUUGUUGUUGUGCCAAGUCUUAGCUUUACUUUCCAUAUUGUAUUGGACUAGGUAAACUAGUUUUUGAACAAACAGAACUGUUUCUAUUUUUAUCACAAAAGAAAUUCUCUUUUCUAUUAAUGUUUUUUUUGGACACUGUAACACUAUAUAUAUAGAGAGCAGAUUUUUUAAAUUUUAUGUGACCUUCUGUGUUGAAAAUUUGUUAAUACAUUAUUCUACCUUCUUUUCAAGUCAUGGAUAGUCUCUGUAUUAUAGGCUUGAUGAAAUUGUUACAUAGAAUUACUCCAAGUAAUAAAAUAGCCACUUGGAUUCAAUUAAUGGGCUUGUUACAACUUUAUCAUUUAAAAAAAAAGAUAAAUAAGACUUAUUUCCAUGGGACAUAAAUAUCUCUUAUAUAUAGUAUGCUUGUGGUGUGACUGCUUCCAUUUCUGGAUAGCGGUGGAAAUAUUAUUUCCGAAAACUAUGCUAAAUGAUUUUUUGAAAUAACGCAACUGCGUUUAGUGCGUUUUUUGUCUUUUUGGAAAAUGAAAUGACCUCAAUUUAAAUGUGGUGUAAUAAAUGUUCGGUUUAAAAAUGGUUAGGACAUGAGAAUAUUAAAAUAGUUCAUGGGCGUGAAAUAAAAAAUGUGCAGUGACGUAUCAUGGAGGGGGGGGGGGUGUAGCAAAGUUUGGGAUUCUUAAAUGUGCGUUAGUUGAGUUCAUGUUUUGUCAAGUAACUUAAGUAGAUGGGAAGUUCACACAUUCCUGUCGCCAAGUUUGGCAAGCUAUAACUAGUUGAUAAUAUAAUCCUAAUUUUUCCAUACAUUAGUAAUCAAUCUUGUAACAUUCAGAUUUUUCUUAAGUUGACAAUUUAGCCUUGUUCCUGGCAUGGGUUUUGCUCUUUUGAAAUAUGUGUUGUGUUGUUUUUUUUUUAUUAUUAGCAAAAUUCUAAACAACUAAAAUUUUGCUAAUUAAUGUCUCUAGUGUUAUAAUGGUGUUAUAAUGGUUUUAUAAUGGUGUUAUCAUGGUGUUAUAAUGGUGUUUUAAUGAUGUAUUAUCGCAGAGUGAUAGUGGAAGCAGAAACAAAACCGCACAAUUUGUUCAACUCAUCAAAUACUUUACAUUUUUAAAUGAAAGAUGUCCAAAUAGGCACUUUUUACUCUGGCAAUAAUUUUAAAUAAAAUGUUACAACAUCAAAUUGUUGACAGCAGUUAGACUAAGUAGGCCAAGCAUAAUAGGGACAUAAGUAGGUCAAGCAUAAAAGAGGCAUCAUUGUGUUUAAUCCCUUGGUUCAGAUGUUGCAGUCCAUUUCUUCAUAUGAUUCAGAUAAGACUUUCACAUGGUUUAUGCAUUCGCUGAGUUGUGAAAAUAUUUCCGUCCAUUUGAACUUGUUGGACUCCACAGAAAAUGCUUCUUGUGUACAAUGGUCCUCAAUAUAUUAAAUAUAAAAGACCCAAGACGAUUAUUAGGCUCUUGUGCCAUUAUAAAGUAAUGGAGAUCCCUGCUGUGUUUAAAAUCAAAAUAUAACAAAGAUGAAUUCAUGAACCAAAUACAAAGAAUUUAUUCAUGUCAUUUAAACUAAUUUCUUUUAAAAACACACCAUGGGAUGAUAAUAUGACAACAGUGACAAAUAAAUGAAUAAAUCAUAUCUUCUCUUGAUAAUUGAUCGUUUGUAAGCAGUCUUCUUUUAAUCAAUGUUUACAUACCUACUUACAAUAUUUUUAAGAUGUUGGACCUAAUAAACAAUUAUUUGAGAACUUGAUUUGUUAGAUUUUCUUACAUUGCUAUGAUAUCUUUGACUUCAGCUUCUUUUAGUACAUUUGAAAUUUUUUUUUAUUAUCAAAUUAAAAUCUGCCAUGUCCCAGCCAAUGUUCAAGUGUAAGACUGAGAUGCAAUAGUAAAAUAUCUACGUCAUGUAAGACUGAGAUGAAAUAGUAAAAUAUCUACGUCAUGUAAGACUGAGAUGAAAUAUUAUCAUAACUGUGUCAUGUAAGACUAAGAUGAAAUAGUAUAAUAUAUGUGUCACGUAUUUAUACAAAUGAGAACUUGAAAGACGAAACAUGAAAAUGUCAACAGCUGAGAUCAAAUCCGUUGUAUCCUGCCUCAAAGACCUGUUCUUGUUAGAACUACAUUACCUUCUAACCUAUCUACAGAAUCACAGUAGGUCACCUGCGUUUUUUUCCAGUAUUAUUUGUUUGAAGGCCCAUGAUUCAAGCCUUUUGUAUAAUGUUUGUGAGUCAGUUGUCUAGUGAAAGACAUUGCUUGCACUCCAACAGGAGGUUCACUGCAUGCACUCCAACACCAGGUUCACUGCAUGCACUCGAGCACGAGGUUCACUGUAUGCACUCCAACACCGGGUUCACUGUAUGCACUCCAACAGCAGGUUCACUGUAUGCACUCCAAAACCAGGUUCACUACAUGCACUCCAACACCAGAUUCAUUGCAUGCACUCCAGCACCAUGUUCACUCCCUCUGUCAGAAUCUUUAUAUUCAUUACUGAUUUCAGUGUUUUGACCAGAACUCUUAAUUAUGUUUAAGACACCCUUCCGUUUGGAUAAUCAU